GCAGUAGUGAGAGCGCCGCCGCCGGAAAUUUUGUGACCGUGGGGAAACCCCCGCCUGGGGAAACGAGAAAGAAGAGGAAGUGCUGGAUGUCUUGAAACGGUUAAAGGUGGAUAAAUCCCCAGGACCUGAUCAGGUGUACCCGAGAACUCUGUGGGAAGCUGGAGAAGUGAUUGCCGGGCCUCUUGCUGAGAUAUUUGUAUCAUCAAUAGUCACAGAGGGUUUCUGAGCCUUUGGAACACAGCAGGGGGCGGACACGCAUUGAUCUCCAUGUAGACCACGUUGUUGAAUGGGAAGGAUUCGCGGACGGGACACUCCCAACUAAACCACUUCGUAACAGCACCGUGGUAUACUACCCGUUAAAGACUGCAGUGGAGGAUCUUCAUCACUAUUUUCUCCAGGGCAGUUGGAGAUUGGGAAGAAUCACUGCUGUAGCCACUGAGGGUCUUGUCCCUGAAUGAUUUUUUUUUUAACAUCAAGAUCAAACUAGGACCUGGAUAUCACCGGCAUUUGACAGUGGAAGGAAAAAGAAAGAUUUUGAGGCCAUCUUUCACGGUUACGUUUAUCCCCAGCACCUGCCUCACAAACUACCAAAUUCUUUCACCUCCCCUGCCCAGCCUGCCUUUGUGUUUAUGGAUUCUCUCAGUGUUGAGAGUGUGGCUCUGGAAAAGUACAGGCAGCAUCCGAGGAGCAGGGGAAUCGAUUCCUGAUGAAGGGCUCAUGUCUGGAUCGGAGCUGAUGUUGCCUGAACCUGCUGUGCUUUUCCAGCACCACUCUCUCGACACUAUCUCCGGCAUCUGCGAUCCUCACGUUCUCCUACUUGAUUCUCUCAGUGCCGUAUUUUUUUCUUGCCUUAUUUUAAAUGCAUUUUCCAGGGCUUCGGAACAGGACAGUUUUCAGGCAGGAAACACCAAGAAUUGACGGAGGCGCUCAUUUCAUCAGGAUCUGAGUUAUUGUCGGGUUUUGGACAUGGAAGGGAAAAGCACCAUUCGCGGUAGGGAGAAAAGGUACACCUGUUCUGAAUGCGGGCAAGGCUUCAACCGCUCCUCUGGCCUGUCGAGGCACAAGCGCAGUCACACUGGGGACAAACCAUGGAAAUGCAGGGACUGUGGGAAGGGCUUCAACUACCCCUUCGAAGUGGAAAUCCAUCAGCGCACUCACACCGGGGAGAGGCCAUUCACCUGCUUGGAGUGUGGGAAGGGAUUCACAAAGUCGUCCGAACUGCUGACGCACCAGCGGCUUCACACUGGCGAGAGGCCUUUCACCUGCUCGGAGUGUGGGAAGGGAUUCAUUCGAUCAUCCCACCUGCUGAAACACCAACGGGUUCACAACGGGGAGAGACCGUUCCGCUGCUCUCACUGCGGCGCCGGGUUCAGACAAUCCUCGCACCUCACUGUCCACCAGCGCAGUCACACCGGGGAGAGACCCUUCGGCUGCUCGGCUUGUGGCAAAGGAUUCACCCGGUCAUCCGACCUGCUGAGACACGAGCAGAUCCACGCUGGGGAGAGGCCGUUCACCUGCUCCGAGUGUGGGAAGGGCUUCACUCAGCUGUCCAACCUGCUGAGGCACCAGCGCGUUCACAAGAAUGAAAGGCCCUUCAGAUGCGGAGACUGUGGGAAGAGCUAUAAAAGUUCCGGGGAGCUGAUGUCCCAUCAACGGGUUCACACCGACGAGAGACCGUUCAGGUGCUCUCGCUGCGGGGCUGGCUUCAGGCGGUCAUCUGACCUCACCGUACACCAGCGCGUUCACACCGGGGAGAGGCCGUUCACCUGCUCCGAGUGCGGGAAGGGAUUCACCACCUCGUCCAGCCUGCUGACCCACCAGCGGGUUCACCAGUGACACUGGUGAUUGGAUGAUGUUGUUUAAUCACAUGCAGGACUGAACCUUGUUCACUGGUGGAGUCUAUUUCCGCUGGUGUUCAUAAGCCGCAGCCCAGUUGCGGGAGAGCAGAUGUUUCGAAUAAAGGUCGAGGAUAUUACAACAGGAUUCGCAAAUGAGAAACUCGAACAAAGCUGCAUAUCAAGAAUCUGACAGAAACCCUUGAUUUUAAAAACGUGUUGCUGGAAAAGCGCAGCAGGUCAGGCAGCAUCAAAGGAGCAGGGGAAUCAACGUUUCGGGCAUAAAGCCCAUCUUCAGGAAUGACCUGACCUGCUGCGUUUUUCCAGCAACACAUUUUUAAGCUCUGAUCUUCAGCAUCUGCAGUCCUCACUUUCUCCUAGAAGCCCUUGGUUUGCCAGGGCCUGGAUGUUAUCAGCCUUGGAAUCCUAAUAAAGACAGCUGCUACAACCAUGUGACGGGACAAAGCAGUCGCCUUCCAGAAACCUGUUCGGAAGUCUAAGUGGGCUGCAGAAUCAUGUACUUCCUGAUGAGACUGGAGAAUUAAAAUAUUAUGUUAUCAAUUGCUAUAGAGACAGGAUUCAAAUGAGUGUAAGUUGCCCCUAUCCUGUGAAAAGAUAUAA